AUGAUGGGCGUAACUGUGGACCCUGUGGAGGGCCCAACCUACUUGCAUGCGCAACUGUGCCGCACAAGAGCACUGAGUGGUGCGGAGAUUGACGAGCACCUCAUAUUGUUAGAAGCAGCAGUAGGAGGAGCAGCACAUGCAACGGCAGUGAAAACAGCAACAAUGACAUCAGUAGCAGCAGUGCGGGCGUGUUGUACAUCUCCACUUUCCCGCUUCUGCUGCGGCGGCCAUUUUUUCCACACAGCAGCAGCAACAGCAGCAGCAGGAGCACCAGCAAGAAUUGCAAACCCUCCACCAGAGCACCAGGUUCCCUCGGCAGCUCAAAUACGCUUGCUGCGCGCAGGCACUUUGUUAUUAAACGAUCCUCCUCCUGAGUAUGAAGUCUCUGUUCAUCGGGGCUUAAAGGUGCAGGCGUCGUUGCUGCUGCAGCGGCUGCCACUGGUGUAUAGAGAACCGCCUUAUGAGCAGCGGUUCCGGCUGUUCAAAGAGGAAUGGGAGAGGAAAACCAACAACAGCACAAUUCUCAAUGACGAAAUAACGUACAUGCAGAUGCCAGGACACUUCCUGGAAACGCAACAGCAGCAGGAGCAACGGGAGAAGCAACAGCAAAAGACUGGCGACGCGGAACUGUCUGAGCUGGACAUGCUGCUGCAGCAGGAAGGAUUGAUGAUAGACAGGCACAAGAUGGGGAAACAGAGACGGAAGCAGCAGGAGGACGCUGCGGGGUCAGCUCGCGCCUCGGCAAUAGCUGCAGCAACGGCUGAAAGGGAAGACCGGUCUCUGUCGCAGCACCCGGAAAGAGUGCUGCUGCUGCUUGUUAAGUAUGGCAACGGGUGGCAGCUACCGGUGGAAGACAGGCGGCACGGACAGACGAUGCGCCAGACAUUGGCGCGUCUGUGCAUGAAGCAGCUGGGUUUGCGCGAGGCUCCUUUCUUGGUUGGCUUUACCCCUGCGGCAAUGCGGAAGAUACGAAGCAAGCCUAGUGCGGUCGUUCAGGGCCGAAAAGUUUUCUACUACCGCGCCUACCAUGUCCCUGAACAGCCGCAGGUGUGUCCACCGGCGGAUAGUCCUGUGAGGGAUUGGGCAUGGGUGUCGGCAGAAGAGGCAAAGAGACGAAUGGCCACCAAUGGCUUUCUCGCUAUUCGGGAUGCCCUGCUUCUUGGUUGA